AUGGAGCCCGCCGAGCUGGAGCACGCGCUGAGCAGGUCACUUUUCUCCACACAGACCCCCUCCUGGAGCAGCUUUGGGGGACCCGAGCAUCAAGAGAUGAGCUUCCUAGAGCAAGGAGACAGCACUUCAUGGCCAUCACCAGCCAUGACCACCAGCGCAGAAAUAAGCCUUGGGGAACAAGGGACCAAGGUCUCAAGAUGGACAAGCCAGGAGGCUGUAGAGGAAGGGGAGCUCCCAGGCCUGAAGGGAGGUCCCCAGUCCAGGCCAGCUGCUGAGUCCACCAGGCUGGAGGCCACAUUCCCCAAGGCCACACCCUUGGCCCAAGCCACUCUCUCGUCCGGGGUGGGCACCCCCACAACAGAGCGAGACAGCCUCCCCCCUGACUGUUCAGCCUCUGCUUCUGGCUCCAGCACAGAUAAUCUGGAUCUGGGCAUAGAGUUCUCAGCCCCAGAAGUGUGGGGGGAUGAGCUCGGCCUGGUGGAAGAGAGGCCGGCCCAGUGCCCGUCCCCGCAGGUGCCGGUACUCAGGCUGGGCUGGGACGACGAGCUGCGGAAGCCGGGGGCCCAGAUCUACAUGCACUUCAUGCAGGAGCACACCUGCUACGAUGCCAUGGCAACCAGCUCCAAGCUAGUCAUCUUCGACACCAUGCUACAGAUCAAGAAGGCCUUCUUUGCCCUGGUGGCCAACGGCGUUCGGGCAGCACCUCUUUGGGACAGCAAGAAGCAGAGCUUUGUGGGGAUGCUGACUAUCACAGACUUCAUCUUGGUUCUGCAUCGCUAUUACCGGUCCCCCCUGGUCCAGAUCUAUGAGAUUGAAGAACACAAGAUUGAGACCUGGAGGGAGAUCUACCUUCAAGGCUGCUUCAAGCCUCUGGUCUCCAUCUCUCCCAGUGACAGCCUGUUUGAAGCUGUCUACACCCUCAUCAAGAACCGUAUCCACCGCCUGCCAGUCCUGGACCCAGUCUCAGGCGCCGUGCUGCACAUCCUCACACACAAACGGCUUCUCAAGUUCCUGCACAUUUUUGGCACCCUGCUGCCCCGGCCCUCCUUCCUCUCUCGCACCAUCCAAGAUCUGGGCAUCGGCACAUUCCGAGACUUGGCUGUGGUGCUGGAAACGGCACCCAUCCUCACUGCACUGGACAUCUUUGUGGACCGGCGUGUGUCUGCGCUGCCAGUGAUCAACGAAGCUGGACAGGUCGUGGGCCUCUACUCCCGCUUUGAUGUGAUUCACCUGGCAGCCCAACAAACGUACAACCACCUGGACAUAAGUGUGGGAGAAGCCCUGAGGCGGAGGACGCUGUGUCUGGAGGGAGUCCUUUCCUGCCAGCCCCACGAGACCUUGGGGGAAGUCAUCGACCGGAUUGCCCGGGAGCAGGUGCAUCGGCUGGUGCUUGUGGACGAAACCCAGCACCUGCUGGGCGUGGUGUCCCUCUCCGACAUCCUUCAAGCUCUAGUGCUCAGCCCCGCUGGCAUCGACGCCCUCGGGGCCUGA